AGAGUCCGGAAUGUUCCUCUUGCUAUUCAGAGCUCAGACUGUGUAUCCGUUUGACCAGCAUAACAGCAGUGGCUCAGUACUGGCUUAAAAAUGGCCACUAAACAGUUGCCAUUGAGCCUCAGAAGAAGAUACAGGACUAUGAUAUCUCAUUUUGGAUCAUCUUGAGGAGAAUGUUGUUGGCUUGGCAUGGUUUUCUGAUGCUGAGGUGCAUGGGCGGCAUGGCUCAGAAAGCGUGGGUCAGCAUGCUGUUUCAGAACCGUAAAGCCCAACUGCUGUUGGUCAACUCACUGACUUUUGGCUUGGAAGUCUGUCUAGCUGCAGGUGUCACCUAUGUGCCACCACUCUUGUUGGAAGUUGGAGUGGAGGAAAAGUUCAUGACCAUGGUUCUAGGGAUUGGGCCUGUUCUAGGUCUACUGUUUGUGUCUCUCAUUGGCUCUGCCAGCGACCACUGGCGCAGUAGCUAUGGCCGCCGCCGGCCUUUCAUCUGGGUCCUGUGUCUGGGAGUUUUGCUGAGUCUUCUGAUCAUCCCUCACGCUCAUCACCUGGCUAGCCUUAUUACUCUGAAUACCCGCUCCCUGAAGAUAGCCUUUCUCAUCAUGGGCAUUGGCCUGCUUGACUUCUGUGGCCAAGUCUGCUUCACCCCCCUGGAGGCUCUUCUCUCCGAUCUCUUCCAGGAGCCGGACAACUGUCGGCAGGCAUUCUCCAUGUAUUCCUUUAUGAUCAGCCUAGGAGGUUGCAUUGGAUACCUGCUGCCGGCAAUCAACUGGGACAGUAGCUUCCUGGCUCCUUACUUGGGGGGACAAGAAGAAUGCCUUUUCAGCCUCCUCACCUUCAUCUUUCUCAGCUGUGUCUUGGCCACUGCCUUUGUGACUGAGGAGGUGGUAACCCAGACCGAAGUGCUGGCAAAUCCUGCUAUGAAGGAUUCCUCCAUGCCCCCUUCCCUUAGCUGCUGCUCUUGCUGGGUUCCAAAGAGCUUUCUGAGGGUCCGGCAUCUGGUCCAGGCAUGUAGGAAUCUCUGUGCCUUGGCUCCGCGCCUGCAUGGACUGUGCUGCCAUGUCCCCAAGGUGAUCCGGCAGCUUUUUGUGGCUGAGCUGUGCAGCUGGAUGGCCCUCAUGACAUUCAUGCUGUUCUACACGGACUUUGUCGGGGAAGGGCUGUACCAGGGAGUUCCCAGAGCUGAGCCAGGCACAGAAGCCAGACGCAACUACGAUGAAGGUAUUCGGAUGGGCAGCUUGGGCCUUUUCCUCCAGUGCGUCAUCUCCAUCUUCUUCUCAACAAUCAUGGACCGGAUGGUGAAGCAGUUUGGGACGCGAAUGGUCUACCUCGCCAGUGUGGCUUUUUUCCCACUGACUGCCUUCAUCAUGUGCUUUUCACAGAGUAUCGUCAUUGUCACUGUUUCUGCUGCUCUGACGGGCUUCCCCUUCUCAGUGCUGCAGAUCCUGCCUUACACACUGGCAUCACUUUAUCAUCAUGAAAAGCAGAUCUUUUUGCCGAAGUACAAAAGCAAAGAAGAAGAUGCAGCUCAACUGGACAAGAAGGCUGGCUUCCUCAAAAGUCACCUUUCUACCCAAAAAUUGACCUACCAGAAUGGACACGGUGGGAGCCUCUUUUCUCCUCCAGGGGCUGGCUCUGCUCUUUGUGUCAGCUCACCUUGCGAGGUCUCACUCAGGACGAUGGUGGGAGAAUCAGAUGCCACGGCUGCAAAUCGAGGCAUCUGUUUAGACCUGGCCAUCUUGGACAGUGCCUUCCUCCUCUCUCAGGUCAUCCCAUCCCUCCUUCUGGGUUCGGUUGUUCAGUUCACACAGUCGGUCACUGCUUAUAUGGCAUCUGCUGCUGGCUUUGGGCUAGUGGCCAUUUACUUUGCAACCAAAGUUGUCUUUGACAAGAGUGAUAUGGCCAAGUAUUCAGUAUAGGAGGGGUUGGGGAGACAGAGACUAUGAAGAAAAUUGUGCACAUUGUAAUGGGUAAUGUAGAAAAGUCAACAAGGCACAUACUGCCUUCUUUCUCUCUUCCCAGAUGUGUUGCAGUGAGACCUGUGCAAAAACUCUGAAGGAAAAGAGAAUGCUGGGCUGAUCUCAGGGUAUCAAAUGAAAGGGAGCCUGGUACUGUCUCUUCUGUUUCUCCGUGGGGCCUUCAUCAAAGUGCCUUUGCUCAAAAGCCUACCCAAGGGGCUUGCAGGAAAAGGUCAGCUUUUCAGCAACAGGCUAUUCCAACGUUAGCUCUGUCCAGCUGUGUGAGAGGAGAGUAACACUCUGCAGAAGGUACAAAGGAUGGAUCAGAGCUUUCCCGUCCCCCCCAUUGGCAUUGCCUUCUUAUAGUUGGCCUUCAUUUUGAGUCUAAGCUGUACCCUAUGUAGCAACCUUUUAAUGUCUUCUUGUGAACUGGAGAAACACAGGGGAGAGGCUGAGUUUGGCACACUUGCCCUUUUUUGAGGGGAUGAUGCAACGGCCCACACCCCUUUAUCCAUUCCAAGGUGAACUGCAGGUCAAGAUCAUGGUGGUAUGAAUAAACUGGGCAGAGCUGUGCAAGAGGGGGGCUUGUUUAGGCGAGGGUGCUGUGGUUGAGCUGGCAAGAACUCUGCAGUGGCACGAUGGAAAUGAAAAGCUUGGUCCUGAUUGGAUACUCUUUGCCCAUAAAUGCCCUAAACAGAGCUUGCAGUUAGUGCAAACAGAGAGGCUUAUGUGAGUAUAAGCUGUAGAACAUGCCUCUCUGGAGACUUGGCUAAGUGACUAACUGGCACAAACAAAUGACAGAACCUUCCACUGUACGGUACUGAAAAGAAUCUUUAGUGUACCGGCAGGGCAUAAAUACUUGCAUGCAUGCCUCCUCUUCUGCCAAAGAAGUGAUGUGGCCAGUUUGUCUGUGCUAAAGGGAUUGACCGGGGGGGGGGAGACC